AUGGCUUCGUCCAGCUCCUCCAGCACCUCAGGCGGCCCCAUCGCCAGAGGAUCUCGAAGGAGGAGGCUCGUUCUGAAGCUGAGCCAGAAGGACACCCUGCAAGCGCUCUUUCAACAGAACCCCUACCCUGGGAUAGCGACCAGAGAACGACUGGCCCGAGAGCUUGGCAUUGCCGAAAGCAGAGUUCAGGUCUGGUUUCAGAACCAACGAAGAAGACGGUUAAAGCAGAGCCGAUCGCCGUCUGCAAAUAUGCGCCAAGACGGGGAAGGGGCGCCAGGAGAGGCCAGGAGAAAGAGGACAGCCAUCUCUCCUUCUCAAACAAGGAUCCUUGUGCAAGCCUUCACGAGGGAUCGCUUUCCAGGGAUUGCCGCCAGGGAAGAACUGGCUCGUCAGACGGGAAUCCCAGAACCUCGAAUCCAGAUAUGGUUUCAAAACCGAAGAGCUCGGCACCCCCAGCAGAGAGCAAGGGGGCCUGGCAAUGCGCCUUCCCCGGGGGCUGCUGCGGAUGCAGGAGCACACCCUGCCCUCCCAGGCACAGCCAGCAUCCUAGAAGAGUUCGUGGAGGCCACAGGCAUCCCGGACACGCAGGCGCCUUCCCCGGGGGCUGCUGCAGAUUCAGAAAUAUGGUUUCAAAACCGAAGAGCUCGGCACCCCCAGCAGAGCGCAAGGGGGCCUGGCAAUGUCCGGGCCCGAGGACCAGGCGGCGCAUCGGCCACGACCGCUCCUGCUCCAGAGGACCGAAGGGCCCCACCCGCUGUCCACAGCACCUCUCCUCCCCUUGGCCCCUCUCAGACACAGGAGAGCAUGCCACCCUUGGCUGCAGCCGCUCCUUUGGGCGCCCCCACCUUCUGGGUGCCCGGGACUGCCUCUGGGGUCUGUGUGGGCCAGCCGUUGAUGUUCUUCGUGAUCCAGCCCAGCCCGAUGGCUCUCCAGCCAAGUGAGAAGCCACCACCUCCUCCCCAGGUAGCAGUGCCCUGGGCCGCGUGCUCCCCUGCUGACACGGCCCCUUGGCAGCCUGGGCCAGGGGCCAUCCUGCCGCCUCUACAGCCUGAGACACACAUCAGGCGGAGGCCAGAGUCACCCGUUGCUGAAGGCACGGCCCCUCUGCUAGAGCCACAGCCCCAUCCGCCCAGCCUUCCAAGAUCGACAAGCCUCCUAGAUGAGCUCUUGGCGGCCACAGGCAUCCUGGAAACGCAGGCGCCUUCCCCGGAGCCCGGUGCAGAUGCAGGAGUGCACCCUGCCCUGCCAGACCCACCCAGCUUCCUAGACGAGCUCUUGGAGGCCACGGGCCUCGGGUCCUCGCAGGCGCCUUCCCCGGGGGCCGCUGCAGAUGCAGGAGCACACCCUGCCCUGCCAGGCACACCCAGCUUUCUAGGCCAGCUCUUGGAGGCCACGGAUAUUGCGGCCUCGCAGGCGCCUUCCCUGGGGCCCUAUGCAGAUGCAGGAGCACACCUCGCCCUCCCAGGCUCACCCAGCCUCCAAGAUGAGCUCCUGGCCGUCACAUGCAUCCCGGGCUCGCCGGGUCCUUCCCUGGGGUCCUCUCCUGUCAUCCCAGGGUACCAUCCAGCCCUCCCCGGGUCUCCCAGCCUCCUAGAGGAAAUCAUGGCUGCCUCGUCCAUCCAGGACACGCCCUGGUCUUCACCGCGGGCCGCUGCGGACGAAGAAGGAGUUGAGGCAAUCCUGGAGGCACCCCUCAGAGAGGAGGAUUACCAGGCACUCCUGGACAUGCUGCCAGGCUCCCCAGGCCCUCGGGCUUAG